CCACCAACUAGGUUGCCUUUUUUGUUUCUUUGUACAUUCACUCCUUGGGCUCUUCGUUUCGUGUUUCCCACCCCCCCGUUGAGCCCUGUUCCGCCUUGGCUCGGUUUCUUCCUGUCUUAAAUUCUGUAUACCAACCAAGUACAAUUCUCAACGCCGCCAUGGACGCCCUUCGCUCCGCCAUCCAGCCCAUCACGCACAACCUCCCCGCGCCGAUCCGCGACCUCGGCGUCUCCAUCAUCGGAGAGACGUGCUACUCGUCGCUGCUCCUCGACGUCAACUUCGAGGAUGUAGACUGCAUCAAGCUCGGCGUCUCCAAGGGCCUUGGCAUCGGCAUCAUCGCCGCCUCGUCCAUCGUCAAGGUGCCUCAGAUCCUCAAGCUGAUCAACUCGCGCUCUGCCGACGGCGUCUCCUUCCUCUCCUACCUCCUCGAGACCACCGCCUACAUCAUCUCGCUCGCCUACAACAUUCGCAAUGGCUUCCCCUUCAGCACCUUUGGCGAGACGGCUUUGAUUGUCGGCCAGAACAUCAUCAUCUCCGUCCUCGUCCUCAACUACAGCGGUCGCGCUAGCCUCGCUGCCGUCUUCGUCGCGGCGCUUGCCGGUACCUUCGCUGCUCUCUUCGCUGAGAAUGUUGUCGACAUGCAGACCCUGAGCUACCUCCAGGCUGGCGCUGGUGUCUUGGGCGUCGCGAGCAAGGUUCCCCAGAUCCUCGCCAUCUUCCAGCAGGGCGGUACCGGCCAGCUCAGUGCCUUCGCUGUCUUCAACUACCUCGCCGGUUCUCUGUCUCGCAUCUUCACCACCCUCCAGGAGGUCGACGACAAGCUCAUCCUCUACGGCUUCAUCUCCGGCUUCGUUCUCAACGCCAUUCUGGCUCUCCAGAUGGUCUUCUACUGGAACGCGCCCUCCGAGAAGGCAAAGGGCAAGCGCAAGGUCCCCGUCGAGGCCAAGCCUGUGGCCACCUCGACCGCGACCUCCACCCCCAAGAAGAGCCCUACUACCCGCCGUCGUGGUUAGAGGGUUGUCGUACGAUAGUUGCGAGUGUUUAAGUAGAGAUAUUCUUUGUAAUAGUUCGCAUAUUACCUUAAUGAAACUCCCAUCGACCAACGGACUCAAGGAUCACUUGAUUGAUUUGAGC